CCAAAAUAAAAUUACACAUGUUGUAAUUUCUUGAACGUUGGUAAGUCUUCCUUGGGCCAAACUCGGCGAAAUGAGACAAGUUUGAACAAAGACAUCUUCAUUUCAAAAUGUCACCAAGUGCAAUAAUGUCGACAAGUCCCCACUGACGAUAUUGGACGAAGUGAUGGAGGUGGAGUUACCGAUGGUGGAAGAAGCCGAACACGGAGGUGAUGGGUGAGGACGCCUGGCUCUGGAAGAAGAAGGGCGUGAGGAGGCAGAGGCGAGUCCACGGCCUCCAACGACCUCUGCACCCACAGCAGGUCGUCGGUUGGGUCGUGGUUCUCGUCAUUAUUGCCUUUAUGUAUGGCGCCGUCGUGCCCGCUCUUCACUCGAGCUUUGUGGCUCCCGUGGCUGCUGCUUCUGCCACUCUCUUCCUAGCACAUCUUGUGGCGCACACCACAGCGCUUGCUUUGGACCCCGCACAUCCCGCCCUGCGCGCGCGCCCUGACAAAAAACUCGUACCGGAGUUCGAUCGCUCGCUCCACUCACAUGUCAUCGAGAACGGCCGUUGCCACUUGUGCAACAUCACGAUCACGUCUGCCCGUACCAAGCAUUGUAGUUCGUGUAACAAAUGCGUCGACGUGUUUGAUCAUCACUGCAAGUGGCUCAACAACUGCAUCGGGCGUCGCAACUACAGGGUAUUCCUCGCCACCGUGAUCACGGCCAUCCUCUCGUGUCUACUCGUCAUGGGGACUUGCCUCACUGAAAUCAUUCUCUACUACUUUAAUCGUCAAUAUUUGGCACCGUGGGAAAAUGGUAUACCCACAGUGAUGCCUUUGGAAGAUCUUGAAGAAGAAACUCAUGUUACUUGCCAAGCUGGCUCUCCUUACUGCCAUUUUUCGGUUUUUGGAGCUCGAGUUUACGACGGUGCAUUUAUAGGCCUCUUGUCUACGCUGUUUUCUAUUGCUCUUAUUGCUGGUGUGCUGCUCAUCCAUUUGGUGGCCUUUCAUGUCUAUUUGCUCAUCCUGGGGCUGACGACUUACGAAUACAUCCGCAGCACGAGUCUCGCCGCUUCCAACUCUGCUCACUCUUUCGGUGGUCGCACCGACCCUCCUCGCGAUGGCGCCGCCUGCGGUUGGAACAUAGGCUCUAGGCAGACGAAUAAUCAAAUCACACCAUCGUCGACCACCGACACUACACUGCUUUCGUCUCCUGACCCUCCUAGCACGACCACCACUAGCCCUGGUACUCUUUCUCCUCGCUCGAAUCCCUCCACCCCUGCAGACGACUCCCGCCACCUACUUGGUGGUCGACACCUUAUGGUACACCACAAGCAAGCGGGUCCACAACUUUCCCCAAGAAGUCUCCCUUCACCUCGCUCAUCCACAGUUCCCACCCUGCCCAAGAUACCCGGGGCUGAACGGCCGCUACGUACAGUGAGCCGUUCAGUUUCUUCGUUCGAUUCUAGUGAUUCUAUUCCCAAAAGCGAAGAUGGUGACGUAACGGUGCAUUUGGUGGCAAUACCCCGACCACCAAGAGCAGUUCGACGCCGCUUACGCUCGAGUGUAGUGCCCCACUUGUCUCCGAUCAAGGAGUGCGAUAUAACCUCAUCCAGUCCUCCCAGCUUACGAAACUUAGACCGUGACUCCGACAGUCCUUCACCCUUUACUUCUUGCCCGUCGAGUGUUCUGCCCAACAGUAUUCAAUCGAGUUCUCCUCCCACCGUAACGUUUGGUAGGUUUUCUACCGGUAAAAAUCAACGUCCAAGUCCUUCACGCUCUACCGACCACAGCGGUUCAUCGAGCCGAGUGUCCGGCCGUGAGAAGUACGGCCAGGUUAACAAAUCCAGUCCUUCAGUGCCAAGUCCGUAUAGGAAAUAUCCUCCACGAGGUGUCUUAAAGAAUGCAAAUAAUUGCUCCUCCACAUCAUCAAACUUAGUUACUUCGAAGAAUGAUAGAAGUCCGCGGCGCCCUGUUUCGGCACCCGCUCAAAUACACAUCAUUAGGAAGAGUUCUAGCUUUUACGGAUCCAAUAGGAUAGGAACUCCUACUAUACGCUUCAAGCUCCCAAUUAAGGAGACUAACGGACAUAUCAUCACGGAGACUGCGGAUGCUACGGUCGUGGCCGGGACCGCUGAGGACUCCGCUGCCAACGGCAACGUCUUGUCCAUCGUUCGCUCGAGCUCUGAUGGUCUGCUCAUCAAGAUGGGAAAUGUGACGCGCGGUGGCGUCUACAUUGGACCUCACAAGUCCGACUCCAUUCUCAAUUCUAUUAGCUCGCGUUCUUCGAAAAAUGCCAAAAAUUUUGUCGAGCAUCACAUGUAGUUAAGUUUUGUAGUUUUCUAUAGAGUAUUGGACUAUUGGUCCGUAUAGAUUGUACUGGUAUCAUUAGAUAUUAUUCCAGAGCAUAUAUAAAGUAGAGAAUGAUGUUCCGAGUGAUAAGUGUCUCAUGUUCGUUAUUCUGUAGGUUUAGUUCGUAAUACCUCUAGUCGAGCGAAGCUGGUGUUCUGUCAUCUAAAGUUCGUGUGACUACUUGAUUGUCUAGAUUACAUUUUGUUCAUCGUAUAGAAGUUCCUCUGCAUGAUAUAACGCUGGUGGUGUGAAGAAAAGUUGUGUCUGUCGAUUGAUUUUGCUUCAGGUGAGUUCUCAUAUUUUAUAUCCCAUCUCGGACGACGCUAAGACAUCGUACCUAUGUGCGUUAUUCAAUGAUCAAAUUACUUAUUAACAGUCUAACGUAGCAUUCACACACCUAAUUUGUCCUCACUGCUAUACUUUCAUCAAUAUCAAACUUCUUCAAUAGCCACCAAGUGGGAUUUUUAAAAGACCUUUUCUGUAAUUAGGUGUUUGAUUUUGCCGAAUGAAACUUCCUCAGCUUGCGAUUGAAAUUUUUUUUCGAAUACGAGGACCAAACUCAAAUUCAAUUCGAGGACGUUUUCAUAUUCCUGUUCAAGAUUGAGUCACACUCAAAUAUAAGGCUUUAUCUACUGACAGAUGGUUGCAGGUUAUAUUAGGGGACUUAUCUAUAUCAUUAUAUUUUCAUGUAUUUUCGUUUGUUAACUUAGAUUUAUAUUCCAAUAUCUAUUUUAGUUUUUCAAUAAUUUUCCGUGAUGAUUGAAAAAUCCCCUGGACAAAUAUCGCUCCGACAACUAAUUGAUGAUCGGUAAUCACCUGCAAAUAAGUUAUAUUAUACCUUCCGGAUCUUGUUAAUAAUCUUCACUUAUUCAUUUAGAUUUUAGGACACAAGCUGAUCAAAAAAACAAUUUCAUGCGGUUUUGUUGAGCAGUCUUUAUGCAGCUGUUCUAUUGAUGGAUAAGCGUAGGAAAUGUCCGUUUCUUAGCUCCAUAGCAGUGGUUCCCAAAAUGGAUU